AUUUUUCCUUUGCAUUCUCCUGCUCACCCAAACUCGGCAUCUUCAUCUAUUGAACAAUCAUUGGGGCCCUUGCCAAAUAAUUCUCCACCAACCUUACCUCAUAAUUGUGAACCCACAGAAACCUUAGGACGCGGAAUGCGUCAAAAAUUUCCUUUAGUCAAACUCAAAGAUUAUACCACCCAUACAGUAACUAGUAAUAGUUCAUCCCCGGUACUGCCCGCUUCGUCCCUUUCUUCAGCUGUUGCAGUCUCAAAAAAUUGGGAGCUACAUCAAAUAUAUGUUCAUAAUGCUUUUUUGCAUGGUGACCUAAAGGAAGAAGUUUACAUGACUCUUCCUCCAAGUUUCCAAACCGCGGAUUCUGAAUUGGUUUGUCGACUCCGUAAGUCUUUAUACGGACUCAAACAGGCCCCACGAUGUUGGUUUGCCAAGUUAGUACAAGCUUUGAAGGGGUAUGGUUUUUCCCAAUCCUAAAUCCUAUGCUGAUUAUUCACUUUUUACCUGAACUAAUCACCAGAUACAAUUAAAUGUUCUCAUCUAUGUUGAUGACCUAUUAAUUUCUGGUAAUGAUUCCGCUGCUGUUAAAGAUUUUAAGGAUUAUGUAAGCUCUUGUUUUCACAUGAAAGAUUUGGGAUCCCUAAAAUAUUUUUUAGGGAUUGAGGUGGCUUGUAGUCCGACUGGACUUUUUCUUACCAAACGGAAAUAUAUAUUGGAUAUUAUUUCCGAGACUGGUUUGUUAGGGGCGAAACCAGCAAUGUUCCCCAUUGAACAAAAUCAUUCUCUAUCCACUGCGUCUGGUCCUUUACUUCCGGAUCCAGAGCCUUACAAGAGCCUUUUACGACGACUUAUUUAUUUAGCAGUAACUCGUCCGGAUUUAACAUACUAUGUGCAUAUUUUAUCACAAUUUAUGCAAAACCCAAGACAGGAGCAUUGGGGUGCUGCUUUAUGAGUCAUUCAUUAUUUAAAGGGUUCUCCUGGUCAGGGCAUUCUCCUUCGAGCUGAUAAUUCCCUUACUCUAAAAGGAUGGUGCGACUCUGAUUGGGCAUCAUGUCCGCUCACUCGACGCUCUUUGUCUGGCUGGAUUGUGUUUCUGGGUCAUUCUCCAAUUUCUUGGAAAACUAAGAAACAACAGACUGUCUCGCGUUCCUCUGCGGAGGCUGAGUAUCGCUCAAUGGCUGCUGCCACGUGUGAACUGAAAUGGUUAAAAGCUUUACUUCUUAGCUUGGGUGUUCAACACCCUGAAGCCAUACCUCUAUUUUGUGACAGUCAAUCUGCUAUCCAUAUUGCUCACAAUCCAGUAUUUCAUGAACGCACCAAACAUAUUGAAGUUGAUUGCCAUUUUGUACGAGAUGCUAUAAAAGAUGGUGUGAUUUCUCCCUCCUAUGUGCCCACUACUUUUCAACUUGCUGAUAUUUUUACUAAAGCAUUGGGCAAGACACAAUUUCAUUUUAUACUGUGCAAGUUGGGCAUUUUAGACCCACAUCCUCCAACUUGAGGGGUAUUAGAGCUAUAUUAUUAUUCUUAAUUAGUCACUCUCGUAUUAAGUUUUAUGUGGAAAGCAGCUAAAUUAUUAGUUGCCAAUAAGUCUUUUCAUGUACUGUAUAUGUGUCAUUUUGUAAUGAAUAGGUGUGCUAUUAAUAGCUAGUAGAGUGUGCUAGUAGGUCCCUUUCUAUUUUUGAUUGUUGUUCAUGCAUUUUUGUAAUACGUAGUACGAAGUAUACUCCGUAUAUAAUUGUAUGGCUCCAUGAGUCUUUUGUGCAGAACAAUAAUAAUACGAACUCAUUCACUCGUAUGCUUAGAGAUGUACUUUAUUAUAGUUUUAUAUUUUAACAAUCUGAAUUGAUCCUACUCCACUUUGUGAACAUGGCUCUAUUUAUAUUAAUCCUAAAAUAAAUGAUAUGCUACGUGGGUGGCCUAACUAUCAGGCGAAUUUGCCUCCUAGUCCGUAGCAUCAGUUGGACGCUCCACACUCCUAUUCUUAGUCAAUGAGUUAUCCCUUAUCCAAUUUGAGCAACCGAUUCUUGCUAUAGGUGUUUCCAAUAAUGGGUCAGCUCGUUUUGUCCAUUUUCUCAAUUCUUUGAACCCAAUUAAUCCUGGUCCAACAAUUGCCCCCCUUUCGAGAAGUUGAUGCGUUUGGGUGCACAUGUCACCUCGUUAAGCAACAACUUUUCGAAAUAUUGAAGGAAUGUAUACUUGUCAUCCUUGAUUAUUGCGACUCUCGACCCGUCAUAUGUCUGUCGAGAUGUGUCGUCAAUCUGUCACUCGUCUGACUGGACGCUUCCUUCGACCCAUCAUUUGUCUGACGAGAUGCUUCCUUCAACCCGUCACUCAUCUGAUGAGAUGAUUCCAUCAAUUUCCAUGUGAGUAGUUUCUGGUCGAAUUCGUAUCUUGGACUGGAAUGAUGAAGAAUGAGAGCUUAGAUGGUAAGAUGUUAUCCCUUUCUUCAAAAUUGCAUUAAUGACUACAUGACAGAAAUUUGCAACAUCUUUCAUAUUGAUGUUGACACUUCAGCUGGCAAAGGGAACAUUGUCCGUAGUUGAAGAUGACGAGUUGGGUUGUGUGAACUUGGUCCAUAUUCUGCAAAAACUUUAAAUAGCGUUACAUUUGUGAUUUGUGUUGAUGUCAUUCGUACUGUCUCAUUAUGUUGGAGCAUGUGCUUCUGUUGUGUAAUUUUAUAGUUUUGGCCAAAAUAUUGCGGAGAGUCGGUGGUGUUUAUACUCAUGUUUAACGUACAUGAAAACUCCCACCUCCUCUCCUAAGAUUCUGUAAGCC